AUGUCCGAAUCUCUCUUCUUCGAGCAACAGGAUGGUUCGCGAAUUGCGUACAAGAUUUAUGAACCAUACAAGUCAGAUACAACAGAUGAGAUUCCUCUUGUGAUGAUUAUUGGAUUGUGGUCUACUAAAGAAAUACUAAUGGGUUUGGAAAAAGAAUUAGCAAAAGAUCGAAAAGUAAUUGUAUUGGAUAAUCGUGGAAUCGGAGAAUCAACCGUUGCGUCUGAAACUGAUCCGUGCUCAAUUGAGUUGAUGGCACAAGAUAUAAUAGCAUUAAUCAAGCAUCUUGCAAUCACAAAAUUUAAUCUGUUAGGAUGGUCUAUGGGAGGUCAAAUAGCACUUUGCGUUGCGUUAAAUAUACCUCCUACUCUUAAAUUAGAAAAACUAAUUGUUUGUGCAAGCUGGGUUCAUGUUUCAAAUGCAAGUUUUGACAACCUGUAUCAUUUACCGAAGUGGGAUUACCCGAAAAGCUUACAAGAGCAGCGGAAGGAAAUUACAGUCCUGUUCGAAAAAAACUUUAUUGACUACCUUCUCAAAAAGCCAGAAACGUUUGAUAAACUGACUGAGGUUCUGUUCAAUUCUCGCAGGCCAUUUGAAAUGUUUAAACGGCAAUGGGAAGCUAUAAAACAGUCAAAUUUUGCCUCAAAAUUGCACAUGAUUAAAGUGCCAACUUUGAUAAUUCAUGGUGAAAUUGAUAAACUUGUUUCUAUUCAAGAAGGGGAAUUGCUUGCAAAUGAAAUCCCUGAUGCUAUAUUUGUCAGAAUACCAAAAGUUGGACAUAUGUAA